AUGAGGAUUUUGAUCCCAUCCGUCACCGUGCAUGCAGUGCUCGGAAUGAUUGGCUUGGUGUCAUUGCUUGUUUUUGCCAUUGUGUACAGAGCUGCCGAAGAGCGUAUGGUCGUCCGGUUCGCACCGUUCUCCGAAUUAGUCUUACUUGUUGUACCGGUCUACGCUGUUGUUUUUCCAUUUGUGGCCAUUGUAAGGAAUAAACAAUUAUGGCAAGCAUCAAGGCGAGCAUUACCAUGCUUGUUCAAUGAUCGACCUGCACCACCAUCGGAAGAUCGCCUCAUUCCUGAUCACACGGUGAUCGUAUCACGGCCAAGUAAACAGAUGGAACGGGAUUCUGAUACUCAUUUUGAUAUGUUGCAAGAAAUGUGGAAGAAAUAG